UUUAUUUAUUUUAUUUUUAUUUAUUUUUUUGCUGUCACUUUCAGCUGGGCCAAAAGUGUGAUUCAAUACAUUGAAAUAAGUAUCAGUUCUCUUAAAACAAACAGAAUGAUUUCCCAUCCUGUUGGGAAAUUAGCCCACCCGCAACAACAAAACUUAUAUAAACCUAUUUCCUGCUCUGUUAAAAGUAUCUGGAGACUGGAAAUCCCAAGUCUUCAGAAUCCCACUGGGCAGAAGUUUCAGAGGUUAAACUAUAUCUUGUACUGGCCCAACUUGCCAGGUGGCAAGUAUUUUGUCCUUAUUUGUAAGACCCAUUCAUUUCUACCACCACAUAAUGCAAUUUGGUGUGCUUGCAUCUGAAACAUGCAUUCCUUGACGACAGGUUAAUUCUGUAACUGCUCCGCAGUUGUAGGCUUUUCUAAAACAGGGACAGGGUAGCAUGAUGAGAAUACCCGUAAGUGCCACAGCUUCAAGGUCAUUUUGAGUGGGCCUACUGCUGCACACCACUAACCACUUAGCUUGGAUUUACUGUGCUUACUGACAGCUUUGAAGCAAACCUAGGACAGUGCAUAAUAAAGACAAGUAAAAUGGACUUAGACUAUGUUAUAAGGAUUUCCAAGCAUUACCUGAAAUGAAAAACAAACAAACAAAAAAUGUGUUGUUUUGUAAACUAGCAUAAGAUUUAUUCAGGGCUUAAUUGUCUUAAAUUUUGCCUAAAUUGUAUUUAAAGAUGCAUGCCUCAUUGGUUUGCAUGCAAUUUGCAUUGUGCUUAUUUUCCAGGGUAGCAGUGUAGUAUAUUGCUUACAAAAAGAGGGGGAGUUAUGUUAUGCACUCUCUUCCCAAUCAAUUUCUGUUGAACCUUGCUCUGCAAGUUUCACAUGACAAGCAGUCACCAGAACUGAAGUUUUUCUUCAAGAAAACUGGGAUUUGGCAUGAUCAUUCUUAUGCUGAAUUUUACAGUAUGUCGUUAUAAAAAAAAGGCUACAUUUUGGUGCUGUAAGGAUUCUUGGGUUACAUUCUGCCAAACUGUAACAUAGCAGGUGGUCUAUCAGCUCUCUCAAUUAACCAUUUUAGAAGCCAUAGUUUGUCACUUUAAAGUGUAUGAUACCUGAAUUCUGGCUGAGGAAAGGGUGAAACUGGUUACAUGGCUUCUUUGUCAAACGUGCUUAACCAAUGAAUGCCGCUUCUUUCCUAACACUCUAAAUGUAAUUAAUAAUCGUGCAUAGCCUACAGUCUCCUUUCGGCAGUGGCCUGACAGCUCGUUUUUCCGCGCUAUUCAUGUUUUGCAAGCCCCUGAUAAUGAACUGCGUGAAGACUUGGGGGAGGGGCGAGGGGGAAAAAAAUAGAAGCGCUGCUGGAACUCUGUUCGGUACACAAUGUUCUUUCACAGACCUGCUGAAAACCACACUGUCGCAUCGCGGUCAGACGCGCGCGCGCACUCACAGGUUAACUGAGCGUUCUAUAGGCUACCGUUUAUACGUCCUUUGUGUGUUAAGUGUUCCUCGAUUAUUUAGUAUUUUACUGUUAACUUCAGAUAAGAUAUGGUUGUUCCUGGUGAGCCAUAAGUUCAGGGUCCUUAGAUAUCAGCAAAACCCACAGGUAAUCCAAUGUGGGCUAAGGCGCAUUAUUGCCUGAUUCUAUGUUGCUUGGAGUAUGACGCACUGGUUGGAUCACGCCGUGUGUUUCUGCAAAUGCGGGUUUAUGUUUACUGCAAAUAUACAAUGUAUUAUGGUUUGGACUGCAAUAAGGUCGUCCACUGAGCUCAAAGACAAGUGUUCUGAAUAUAUUGGUUAUGUUUGUCCUUUGUAAUGAUGCAGUUGUAUUGGAGUGAACAUCCUUUCCCGAAAUGGUUCUACCAAAUAUAUAGCAUCAAAUUAGUAUAUCAUUUAUACAGUGGUCCCAGGGUGCGCGUGUACCCGUUCUUUCAUGUGCCGUCGCCUUGGCACGCACGUGAAAGAAAUCCUACCCCCUGCAGCCUUGCUCACUGCUCGCACGUGAGAGUGCAGGGGUUUCACGUGUUUUGCCACGCGAUACGUUAUUGGGCAGUAGAACAUUUCUUGUACACUGUGUUUUCAAUGUAAAGGGACAUAAACAUAUUGGUGCGUACACGUGCACUUUUGUGUGGAAAGGAGGCUUGGCUUGGGCGUGUGUGUAUUCUGCUACAUUUAGCUAAACGAAAGCUUAAAGUUGAAAGCGCGCCGAAGUGGGUAGCUUGGGCUACGUUAUUUACAAUGCUGUAAUUUGAUAAUUCACCAAUUAACCAAUUUUCUGUAUUUGAUACGACUUGGGUAGUUGUAUCAAUACAUUGACCAAGUUUCGCUGGUCUUCACGCCCAAGUCUUCUGACUCCCUCUUAUACUCUGUCGGGCUGAGUAUGUACACUAUGCAGACCGCAUCCUACACAUUGAAUCUGUCUGGUACAGUAUGUACCUUUUUGCUAUCACGUUUCUCUCGGAAUGUAUGGAGGGGGAUCGGCAACUGCGUCGACCAAUAGGCAUGCAGGAUGUGGAAACGAUGCAGCUUCGUCUUUGUGUUCUUCUAAUAUUCAUGUACCAGGAGCGAACACGACCUAUCCGCGCGGGGGCUGUUGAAUAUUACUGAGAGGCGGAGAAUCGGGUCAAUCGCAGGAGUGGCAGUGCGGUGGUGGUGUUGUUGUUUAGUCUAAUCUUUGCUUUAGCAAUUGGGUUCCCUUGAGCGGAGGUUUGGUAAAUAGAACUUUAGCAAAGGAAAGCGCUUCACACCUUUGUUUCGCAUUAAUUGACAUACACGCGUACAAAACGGUACAUAGCUGAUCAUGCCCGUAGAAUCGACACCUACUAUCGCAGUGGCACCGGAGCGAAGCUCCAGUCCACAGAGGUCGUUCCCUUUCGUUCUGAAGAAGAUCAUGGAUAUUCCCCCACCAAAUAUUCUGGAGGAUUGCGAUGAUGAGAAGGAAAAGGGUAAACUGUGCUCGGCAAGCGAUGGAGAGGGCAGGGGCAGUGGGGGGAGCGACGGGCUGGGGGGCACAGGCGGCGUGUCUGCUUCCCUGACCCCCGCCAUUUGGGACAAGACCAUCCCGUACGACGGCGAGACCUUCCACCUGGAGUACAUGGACCUGGACGAGUUCCUGCUGGAGAACGGGAUCCCGGCUUCUCUGGAGGAGGAGCUCCAGAAGAACCUCAGCACGGAGAGCCCCGAGCAGAAGGAGACGGUCCCCCCUGCCACCGCCUCCAGCCCCCCCACCGCCUCCAGCCCCACCCCUACUCCCACACCCACCCCCGCCCCCACCCCCACCCCCGCCCCUAAAGACACCACCCCCGUCUCCCUGCUCUCCUCCGUGGAGCUGGAUCAGGACGUGGAUGACCUCCCCGUCUCCAAGACCUUGAAUGCAUCCACCACCAAAACCAUCAUAGAGGUGAACAAGGAGAGGGAGCGGGCCACCCCGUCGCCGAUCAGCCCGGACGACGUGGUGGUGGAGGUGAACUUCCAGCCGGACCCGGCCGACCUGGUGCUGUCCAGCGUGCCGGGCGGCGAGCUCUUCAACCCCCGCAAACACCGCUUCUCAGAGGAGGAGCUGAAACCACAGCCCAUGAUCAAAAAGGCCAAGAAGGUGUUUGUGCCCAGCGAGCAGAAGGAUGACAGGUACUGGGAGAGGAGGAAGAAGAACAACAUGGCGGCGAAGCGCUCGCGCGACGCCCGGCGCCUGAAGGAGAACCAGAUCACGGUGCGCGCGGCCUUCCUGGAGCGGGAGAACGCCGCGCUGCGGCAGGAGGUGGCCGAACUGCGCAAGGACUGCGGCCGCUGCAAGAACCUGGUCUCCCGCUACCAGGCCAAGUACGGGCCCCUGUAAGGGGCGCCUGGCAGCCGUGCGCGGGGUCGGUCGGCCCGGCCGACGGGCGUCGACACGCUGACCGACGCAGCUUCAACAACAGACAUCCCGGCGUCCCUUUUAUUUACCCGCCCCACUUUCAGACCGCUGUGUCGCUUCAAAGCGACGUCCACGGUACACGCGCGACUCAGACGUGCGCAGACGCAACAACCCGCCGCCGGCGCGCGGGAACACGCAGGGCGAGGUGCUCGCUCAAACACACACCGCCGUACAUUCAGGGGGUCCCGCCGGGCGCCGGCUCUCAUUAGCAUAAACAAACGCACACGGAAUGCGCUCAUGGCACCGUACAGAAUUGCCAGAGCAGGGUGGCGCAAGGGGGGGCAAAUUAUUACACCUUACCGCCAGCCGGCCUCCAGAGCCGAGGAGCGAUAGGUCUGAACACGCUGUUGCCUGAGCUCGAUUUCAUUUACACAGGUAAACCAUUAAGGCAAUACUCUUUCAAAGCAUGAACACUUUAAAUACUGAAUCGUGAACCUCGUCUUUCCCCCUCCUGUCUUCCGAACUCUUCUGUGGUGACUGGCCUUUUUUCUCCUCUGUUAAAAAGCACUGCUACUGAGGUGAGCGGACAAUAGAGAGUAGAGACUGACUGGCAGGUUGAUUUACUGAUUCAGAGCAAACGACAUGGUGAAAUGACACAAGAUUAGUGGGUGGGUUUGGGAAUCGUUAACUGAAAGAUAAAAAACUGGAAGUUUGUAUCCCACUGCCACGUUAAACGUCAGCGUCCUGCGAGCUUCCCUUGAUAUUUUUAUUGCUGAGUGUUCCUUCCGUAUUUGAGGGGAAGUAAAAUCGGGUUAAUCUCACAGAAGUAUGUGAUUGUUUGAUUUGGUUUUAUUGUAUAUAGACUUUUUAAUUCUCUAAUGCACCAUAUUGUGUGUGUUCUUGUUUUUUUGCACUUACCAAUUGUAAAAUCGGCAAGUUGAGCGAAAAGCGUAAAAGACGAAACGAGGAGUUUACGGGCGAAGACGAGGAAAAGGCUUCUUUUACUGUGACACCUGGGGGUUGUAGUUUGAAAUAGCCUGUCCUACAUUGAAGCGACUCUUGUUCCAUUUAUAGAAAUGUUUUUGCAAUAAUUUAGCUUUCAGUCCGACUCCUCAGUUUUAUAAAAUAAUUUUUUUGGAUGAUUUCAGAAGAGGAGAAGGGUGGAGACUGUUUCUUUUAUAUAGUGGAUGAAGUCAAAGGCAGGGCUUUCAUCAUGCUUAUUACAGGUGUAUAUAGAUGAGUUUUCUUGUGAAAAUAUACAUGUGCAGACGGGGCAAAACAUCAUUCAGAGUCUAUGUCACUUCAACGGCAAUUUUGAGAGUGCUUUAGCUUAGCCUAGACUCCAUGCUUUAGCUUAGACUAGACUCCAUCUUGAAAUUACCCAUUUAUUUACUCAAGAUAGCCCUAUAGCUAUUUUAGUCAUAAUUGAAAUGUCAUAUCUUUGAUUUUCUCUACCUUCAUAUCUUUUGAUUUUCUCUACCUUCAAGAAAAACACAACUCUGUCGUUAUAUAAAUCUUUCAUUGCAUCAGCAAUCGUAAUUAUGAUAAAGUAACGCGGAGGGAGAGGCUUAAAUGCCGAGUCUGUCACAUUUCAGUUGUUUCUGCCCCCGUACGCUCCAUUGUUUGUAAACAGGAAACUCAUCUAUAAUGUUAGUACUUUGGUUUAUUAAGGUGCUAGUAGGCCUUCUGUAACAGUGUAUUUUAGGAAGACCUUUAUAUUUGAGCCUUCUCACAAGUAAUUGCUCCACUUCUGCUGGGUUCAGACCCUUGUAAAUAGCUGUUUUGUCUUGUUGUUUGAAAUUGUCUGUUUUUUCAACAAGUGUGACCAGUUGGUCACACGUGAGAAUUUAACUCUUUACAAGUUAUUUACAAAUGUACAAAUAUUUGUCUGUUGAACAAAUGGCCAUGAUGAGUGCAGUGGAUCUGGUUGGAAUAUAUAGUUGUGUAUCUCCUAUUUCUAACAAUAUUCAUUGCAAAAAUUACACAAAAGUGACCUGAUUGAGCAUUGGAUUCCAUGCAUUAUGAAACUGUUAGUUUGAAACGGGUUCUUUAAUCUUAGGACUGGAGCUGGUCUGUGUUUCUGGGUUUCAGUUCUACCUGAUCUCACAUUUACCUCAUUGAACGCUUUCAUUAAAUAUGAAUAUUUCUUUGAACUGUUAAAAAGGACUCUGCCAUGGUUUUCGUAAAGAAUUUGUGGAAGGAGAUUGUCUGAAUGGACUAUUUUACAGAAUUUACCGGGGCAAAGCCACAAAGACUCUUGGUUCUCCAUCUCCCACCGACCAGUUUACCAAACUCUUAUCCUAGUCCUUUCUGUUAUAUUGAUGGGCAGUGCAUGAGGGCAGAAUUUAUAGUUCUCAAACAGAACCAGUUUUUUCAGGGUGAACUGUGCGUGUAUGUUAAAGGGACCCAAUCCCUUAAGGUGUCUUCUGUUAUUGUGGCUCAAUCGUCUGUGGAGAUACCUGAGGAAAUGUCCCAAAACCCUUGGUGCUUCCAGGCCAGAAUGGCAGUUCAUCUGGGACAAUAUUGUGAGUUUAUCUCAUCAAAUUUAUUUUCAAAAUGAGAAUGUAAUCACCUCAAAAGGAAACAUGCGAAUUUAACUUUGUGCUCCAAAACUCAACAGCUCAACUCAACUAAUUACCUUGGACAAAGGAUUGGACAUUUAGAAGUUGUCUACCACAAUUCUCUUGUUGAGGGAUUGUGUUGGUGAUAGCCAUGGUUGGUCCUUAGCAGAGCUUACAACUUAUUAAAACAUGUUUGUGCAUGCUAACAUUAAAAGUUCUCUAGUGGUAGCCAAUGUAUUCUGUAAAAAAGUUUGCCAAAGUUUUUUGAAAUUUUAGGGGGAAGGAAGGGAGUUGGGUUGAUGUGAUUAAAUUUACCAACUGCACUGGGCUGUUUCGGUCAAUAGAUUUUUUUUUUGGAAAUCCAUGAAAACCCUUUCUGAGAGAAGUCCUCUGGUCUUUCUCAAUAACUUUUUUUUGCAGGUCGGUUUCAGACCUCUCCAUUCUCAGUCAUAGGAAUGGACCCCACUAGGUGAACCGAAUGCAACACAACAUAACCCUGUAUAAUACUAGGCAACACAUCAACCCAGCUCAUUACAUAGAUGGUGUGAGGUCAAGGUUUUGUGAGGUAACUUUUUAAUGUAACAUACUUACUGUCAUCAGUCAAACCCUUUUCAUGGACCUUGAGUUGAGUGAGAAGCAAUUAAAAACAAAACAAACAAUAUUCAAGUAUACACCAUAAAUAUGGAGUGGAGCUAAAUCAAGAUGCUGAAAUUACAAAUCAUUACUUCUAUCCGGAAUUUCCAAUUGCUGGACAUUGCAAUCUCUUGUACAUAUUCGCAUAACAAAGUGGUAGUGAAUGCUAAAUGCAUAUUUACACUGUACACAUGGGAUGGGCAUAUCAGAGGUGCCAGAGAAUGCACUGUGUUGAAGUUGUUGUCAGAGAUCAGGAAAUAGGCAAUAUAGACUCAUGAGAUGCAGGUUUUGCCUUGAAACUGAGGUUCCUAUAUGUAGCAGUCAAAAGUUAUGGCGAUUUCACAAUUAAGUUUUUUCUUCUACCUUUUUAUAUAAAAGUAUACUAAACUGUAUGUCUCACUGGUGUUUUUUUAUUUGUCCGAUUUUUGACUAUUUUGGAAUGAUAUUCUUGGAGAGGGCGAGAUUUUUCUAUAAAUAUAUUAUUUUGCAUUUUUUCUCUGUGCAUUCUGUAUUUGAUAGUGUGACCACAGUAUGUCAUUACUGUUCUGUAUUGUCCAAAUUAAUAAUAAAAAUGAGAUAAUGAACUGUUA